AUGUGUGAUCAUUCUCAUCCUGGGGAAGGUGGUUGUGAGACUGAAACCAGUGACAGUGCAGAUUACGGUGAUAUCAAGCAGUACGACAUGUAUAAGUACAUCGACAUGGAUAAGGUGACAGUAUUGAAUGAGACUAUUGAUGGAAGUGGAAAGCUUGUUUUCAAGAGUAUGGAAAUGAGAUUGGACAAGUUAGUCAUUUCAGUCCAAAAGCCUCAUUAA